CCAAGGAUGGAGGACUCGCACCGGGCCGCUUCGCUGGCCGCCUCCUGCCUCCGGAGGCCCCUGGACCCCAGGACAAGGGCGCCGAUCGCCCUCUACGAGGAGCAGCAGCAGAAGAAGGAGGGAAGGAGAGAGCUGCAGAAUAGCUUGCAGCCUGAGGGAGAACAGAGUUCAGAUGUGCAUACUGACUGCAGAAAUCAGAUAGACAUCUCCAAAAUGUAUCUUUCAAACCAAGAAUAUUAUUUAAAGCUGGAAGAACUUAAGAAUGCUCACCUGGAGACCAUGGCAAAACUGGAAAACAUGUAUCAGAAUAAACUGUAUCUGAAAGGAGUACAGCCUUUAACCAACACAGAUAUGAGUCACAGAUCAACAAAUGGGAUGAAUUCACUUCAAAAUCAGAAGAUACAUACAUCAUUUUCUGAGCCUGAUUUAAAGAAUUCUUUCCAUUCAAAUUUUUCUGAUACUUCUGAUGAAGAGUUAGAUUUAGAUGAAGAUGACAGUGAAGAAGAAUUACUAAUGUUUCAAAAGGAGCAAAUUGAAAAUCUGUGUGAUAGAAGUUCCUCGGAUGAUUAUUCUCACUACAGCCAGGAUACCUCACCCAUAUUACAGACUUUGCAAAAGACUACGAGGAUUAGGAAGAAGAAGAAAUGGUCCCCAAAGAUCACAGUACCUCAGCCUUUCCAGAUGACUAUUCGAGAAGCAAAGAAAAGACAACAGAACAUCAAAUCAAAGUCACUGAUCGAACUAGAAAAUAACUUGCUAAAGAAACAAUGGGAGGAGGAAGCAGAGUGUCAGAAGAAGUUCCGUGCCAAUCCAGUGCCUGCUUAUGUCUUUGUCCCUCUGUAUCAUGAAAUAAUGAAGCAAAAUGAAGAGCAUAGGAAGUCCCUUAGAGAAAGGAGGAGAGAAAUCCUUCUAGCUAUGCAAAAGCCUUUCAAGUUUAUUGAAAGAGAAGCACAAAAGAAAGAACUGAGGAGAGUACAAUUGAAGGACUUUUCUUUUCCAGAAAAGGCAAAAAUAUUCAAAGCAAAGCCAGUUCCUAAAUUUAUCUACAGUUCAGAAACCAGUGAGAAGCUAAAGGAGGAAGCGCUUUACAGAGAAAUUCGAAUACAGAUGAGAUCUGAAGAGCUUUUGCGUAAUUCAUCUCUUCCCAGCAAUAGAUUAGGAAAGAAAGGUGCCAGUAAGCAUAGGGAGCAAUGCUGCCGUGACCAUACUGAAGAACUGGAAUGCAAACCACGACCCAAAAUCCAGGUCCCAGAUUUUGAAUUGUUACAUAAAAAAUUUCAGAAGCAGCUUCACAGACAGAAGAAUGUGAAACACAUCACAGUCUGUGAACCUUUCACUCUCCGUACUGCUAAUAUCCCUUCUAACAAAGAGAAGAUUCUAGAGGACAUCCAAAUGGAUGAAAAAAAAUUAAAGGAAACACGUUGGCCCUAUGCUUCUUCAAGAUGUAGCCCCCAAAUGAGGAAUUUGAAUACAAAUUCAUCUCCUUUAGGCUGUGAAGAACCCACAUCACCAAGAAUUACAGAAACUACAAGACGACGAUUACAAGCCAUAAGGGAUUCAGCUGAGGAAAAACGGAAGAUGGAAGAAGAACAGAAAAGGAGGCGAGCAAAACAGAAACACAGAGCAAAAGAAAUACAGAGACUUAUAAGCACUCGGGCUGAAGCAAAUGAUCCACAUCAGAGCCUUGCUCAGAUAUAUAAACUGAAGUUAAAAACAUUCAGGAAACAUGAAAAGCAGAGAAUGAGAGAAUAUCUACAGGAACUGGAAGAAAUGGAAGAAAGGGUGAAAAAGAGGCCACUGUUGUUGGAACAAGCUACACAGAAAAAUGCACGGAUAGCAGCAGAGAGGCAUUACUCUGAUAUACUCCGGGAACUGGGGCUGCAUGAAGAGUUUGUCUCAGAGAAAGGACAAUCUCCUGCAGAAAUGCAUUUGCAGGGCCUUUCCAGUAAUGGUUCUGAAAUCUUGGCAACAGCAGACAUCAGAAGUGAUACUGAAGACAAAAUAGAAGAUAAAGAAUCCCAGGGAGAGGAAAAGAAAUCUCUAAUCCAGUCUGUUCAGUCCUAUGAAAAGGAAGAUGAGGAGGAGGAGGAGGAAGAGGAGAAAGAGGAAGAGGCAGAAGAGGAGGAUGGAGAGGCUCAGUCAAAUCAUGAUGACCAAGAUGCUUCUGAAUAUGAAAAUGAAAAUUAUGAAAAUGAUUCAGUAGAAAAAUCCAGUGAUGAUGAAAAUUGAUUAAAUAGACUGUUGCUUCUAUGUUGUUUGGGCUUUGGUUUCUGAAGUUGAAUCUGUUGCAUGUACUAAGAUGUGAGAUUGUGAGAUAUGGGUACUAGUAGUAUUUUGAAGAGGUGUUAAUGUGUAGGUAUUCUGUGAGGUUUGUAAUUGACACACUCAGUUUAUUUUUUGUUAUGAUGUUACCAUGCACAGCAGCUGAUGUCUCUCAGACUUUCUUCUUCUUCCAUAAGAACGCUACUCACCUAGCUGAUCUAUAUGCUGACUUUGCAUAAUAUAGUUCUCACUUCUCAAUUCAUUUCCCUUCCUGGAGUUCUAUGUGUCCUGUCUCAAUUUUGGUAUUAUUUGAAAGUGGUACACAUCAACACAAAUUGAUAUUUUUAUCUGCAACAUAUUUUUAGGAGUUCCCAACUCUUCCAUAGACUGGGGCCUGAAAUGAAUACAGUGAAAAUUUUUGACUUUUUAUUUUCUUAUUAUAUUAUAUUAUAAUAUAUUCUCAGCCUUGAAUUUUUAUCUGAAUGAUAGUGUUAUUAAAGGGCUUUGCUGCAAGCAUUCCUGUGAGGGACCUUCAGGAAGCCAGUGUCGCCCUCUAAAUCCUGACACUGAAAACAAAGCUAAUAUGUGUAUUCCUAGAAAGUGCCUAAUUUUCAUGUAGUAACCCAGUAAACAGCAUGAUUCUGUGCAAUCAUGCUGGCCACAUGAUCACAGAAUAGUCUCUGACAACGCUGGCUCUUUGGCUUAGUAAUGGAAAUUAGCACUUCCCCCUACGGUCGGACACAACUUGACAACCUUGUCAACGGGAAAUACCUUUACCUUUUUAACCCAGUACUUGAAGAGAGGAUAUAUGGUUUAAUGUGGGAGAACUAUAAAGAGCACAACUGUUACAGAAGUCAUGUGACUCACAGCAGAAAAUA